AUGAAGCGGGUUAUUGGUGGAUUGUUCCUUGAGUUGACUGAAAUCGGGUACACUGACAGCCGAUUGUGUUGGUACACGGACAGCAUCGAUAACGAAUUUGUGAUCGAUUAUGUCCCAGGAUACUCCGACUCGCUGUUCCUUUGCACUGGCGGCUCUGGCCAUGGGUUCGGAUUUCUUCCCAUUCUUGGCAAGGUUGGUGCUUGUAUCACAAUAGUGCAACAAGCAUACAAAGCUGACCACAAACUGCAGUAUGUCAAAAAUCAACUGGAGCGAGUCCCUGAUAAAUUCACCCCUCUCUGGAAAUGGCGUGCUGCCGAGGAGGGCAAGAAAUGUAACGGACUGGAGGAGGGAGAAGCAGGCCCUCGCGAGAUGUCCAAGCUGAGACUAGCAAAGCCCGAAGACUUUCGGUUCACUAUCAAUAGUGCUUUGUAG